AUGGUCAUCAUCACGCCUGAGCCGGCAGCGCUCUCGGCGGGCGACUUGUCGCUCUUCUACACCACCGACGAGCUGCUGUCCAACUCCCCUGUUCUGAUCUUCUACGGCCCGACCGCCACCUCCACACAGGCGACCCACUCGCGCAUACAAGCCCACGUCUUUACUCCCGCCGGGCUCCAGAAUUUUGCCCGAUUGAUCAUUUCGCCGACCGCCGCCUUCUACGCCGCUGUAUCGUGCCUGCCACGCGAAGAGCAGGGCGACGAGAUAUGUCGAGGCCUCGCGUUCAGCUUGUACAAGUAUUUCGCGGAGCUUCCACCAGAGGUCAAGAAUGCGUGGGAGCGACAGUACGGCUCCGUGGCACGCUUACCGUCCGCCCCGGCAUUGUUCUCAGAGUCACACGCAGCGAUGGUGGCUGCGCGGAUGGUCAAGGUCGAAAAUGCUGCAGACAUCAUUGUCGAUGUCCGCCAUGCUCUAGGGGAGCAGACUCUCUCGUGGCUUGACCUGGAUCUGGUGCUGCCGCAGGGAAGUAUCAAACAACCAGAUAACGCUAGGGAAUCGGCACAGUUUGAUGAGUCGGAAGAUGACAUACUUCAGCAGCGUUAUGGCUCGUACGCACCUGUUGUGAAAUUAUUUGGGGACGCUGCGUUCUUGCCUACUUCGAGACUGCGACGCGCGCCUUCGAAGCCGACAGCACUCAAUAAAUCACAGUCCUUCACGAGGACUCAGAAAGAGACUCUCCGGCGAGAGAUGUGCGAGCUUCUAGACACCGAAGAGAACUAUGUCAGCAAAGUGUAUGAAUUAGUCAACACCGUCGCAGUAGAGUUCCGACAAAAAGCGAAGCAAAAGAGCUCGUCCAGCAGCAGUCCGAACGAACAAGCGUUGAAGGCGCUGUUCCCUCCUAGCUUGGAUGCUAUACUGGAGAUCAAUGCCCAAUUUCUAGACGUCAUACGCACCGUUCUGGAAGAUACGGAAAACGAUGCCAUACAAGACAUUGAACAAGCAACAGAUGACAUCUUCGUUGCGCCUCUGAGAGGCCAAAAGGAUCCCGCAGACGUCACAGGUGCUCUUGCAGUUGCGAAAGCAUUGGUGGAGUGGUUUCCGCAGUUCGGCGACUGCUAUACAGACUACAUGGGAGCUCAUGCUGACUUCUCGCAAUUAUUGAAGGGCUUCACCAAAGACGCCAACUCUAGCUUCUCGAAGCGAGUGUAUGACACUGGAGAACAACGCCUGAUGUCAAUGUUGAUCGAACCUGUGCAGCGUCUUCCGCGCUAUAAUCUGUAUAUCGACAACAUCCUCAAACAAUUGCCUCUGCGACAUCCAGCAGUCAAAGUCUUCCUCAAGGCCCGGGACAUCAUAUCAGAGAUCUGCUCUCGGGAAGGGCCUUCAGUGCAGCAAAUUAAGAUACUCGAUCGCCUGCGCAAGAUGGUCUUCUCGUGGCCACUGACGUGCGCCCCUCAAAAUCGAUUGAUCACAGCCAUUGAUUUUGUGGAGUUAUCACCCCCCUACCAUGGGGAGCUGCAUGGUCCUUCGACUACUGCUGGCAUCUUCAUGCUCUUUGCCGACAGUUUGAUUAUGCUUCAUAAGUCCAACGGAUGCACGACGACUGCGCGCAGCUUGAUGGCAGAUUUGGACAACCCCAAAUUCACUGUGGCUGACGUCGGAUCAUCAGAGCUUAUCUUUCACCAGCAGUUGAAGCUCUCUGAUGUCUUCCUCAGCGAGCACUCGGAAGGCAACAUAUUGCAGCUGAUUUCGCCCACACCAACCGCGAGUCAGCCGGGUCGUCCAAGAAGCCGAGAUCGACAAAACUUUGGCAUUCGAAUGUUCUAUUUACAAGGUAUGUACGAGGGCAAAGCACACAAGUGUGUAGAAGAGGUUAUGAAAGCAAGGGUCGAGGGAAGAUACCCUGAAGCAGAGCGCGAGAGCCACAAGUGGGAGGUGCGCAGCUUGGCCGGCGACCUGAGCAUGUUCACCGCCGUGACGGAGGAUUGCACGGGUCAUGUCGUCGAAGGUCGGAGAGAUCCUGCUAAAGUGCAGAUAGUUGUGAAUACGGCCGGCGCUGCACAACCUGCCCUGCCAGGGAAAAAUAGCGCUAUUGAGCUGACGGUCUCGAUAUCUGUACAAGAGAACGGUUUCUUCCAACUGGAAUGUAGCGGAAACAAUGGUUAUACAGCGCGCGACAAGCUGACCAGCGUGGAAUUCCUUCCCGUUUUGACUAAGCGUCUUGGGAACUUCUUCCUGUCGCGCAACAGCAUCAAAAAUCCUGCAUUGGCCGAAGCGUACCUUUUUAGGAAUCAGCAGAUACUAAAAUCCCUGAAACUCCAGCUUGGAGAGGUCGCGGAGGGCCAGGACGAAAAGGGUCGCCCUCACUCGCCAGUGAAGAUGCUUUCGAGUCUCUUCGGCAACAGUGUGAGAGAAGGUGGUUCAAGAAGGCUACAGCGGAAUCCAGUUUCAAUGGGUGACAUUCCGAAGAUUGCUCCUCCUCCGCUUCAACCCACGCGCACUCACAGCCGGGAUGGCGAGCUAUCUCGACCCACAUCUUCCAACAAAACGAUCGGUUUCAAUACGAAUGCCACCCCUACCGAUUCGCUUGCGAAGCUAGAGGAGACUCUGGCGACCUUGAUUCUGGCGUUGCAUGCUCGCAAGGGCAAUAUCGUGGGACGGUCGGUGCGAGCUAGGGUUGUGGCGGACGAGCUUUUGGUCAACGAGCUUUACAACUCUUUGCUGGAAACCCCUUCUAACCUCGAUGUGCCUUCCCAAUCCUCCGUCGACGUUUUGUUUGCAGCGUUCGAGAAGUUCCUGAACAUUGCCUGGAAAGAGAAGAUGGGCCCGGUCUUAUCUCAUGCUAUGCUAGUUUCAUUGCAAAUGAAGUCAGACAGCAUGUAUCCUGGAGAAUUCGAAGACUUCUUCCGGACGACCUACAGCGAGCUGUCCCCACAGAACCAGCGGGCACUCCGAGCGAUCAUUAAGCUGCUUGCUGAGCUCCUCGACGGUAUGGGCAACGACGGUGAUCGUGGAACCUUGACGGCUGCUUUCGCAGAAAUUCUGGUUGCAGAAGGAAGCGCGAACGAGUUUAUCUCAUUGGUUGAUCGUUUCAUACAAGACAUCGCUGUGCUCUUCCCAGACGAACGAAGUGGCCACAACACACCGAAUUUCGGCUCCAUGGAUUCGAGGACUCGCUCGGUAGCCACCGGUUCCCUCACUUCAAACACGUCUCUGAGGAAACGGUUUGGCUUCGGCACAUUGACACGCCAGGAUAGCAAGAAUGAGAAGGAGUCCACAGUGGGAUCCUUGUGGCGGUCGCUCAGCAAGAAUAAUCAUGGGCUGGAUAGUCAACCGAGCAGUGCGUCCAGGAUUGGGCCUGCCUCUCUUGGCCGUUCUAACUCUACUGAUGCAGCGAUGCGCUUGUCCCCGAAACGACCUUCUUCUCGCGAUCGUCCCACCGUACUCGGUGCAUUUCCCUUUGAGGGCGGCAACGUGAGCCCCGCCGGGCGAGGGUACCUGGGUGCACUUGGGACUAUAGGAGAACGAGAGGUACCUUCCACUGCUGGGCCUCCCCGCAAGAAGCGUCGCUCCUCGCUCAGUGACUUGAAGACGUUGCAAGAUGCUAAUGAUGCACCCACGUGGUCCUCCCAGGACCCCCACAGACCCGUCUCUCCGCAACGCGAGAACAGACAGACCAGCGAAGAGCCGCUUUCGCCGCGUACGCCUGCUCGAUCGCAAGCGAAACAGUCGUCGAUACCUACGCCGACACGCUUGGGAUCGCCUUUGCCACGUCUGGGCUCGCCCAUACCACCCAUGCCGCCGCGCCUAGGUUCGCCCAUGCGUAGAGAAAAUACGCCUUUGAGUAGCCGUGAACGCGCCGGCUCUCUUCGCCCAGUGUCGCAGGACGAGGUCGUUACCAUCAAGACGUUCAGGCCUACCAAGAAGCGUGGCGAGUCUGUAUCCAGCAUUCCCACGCUGAAGCCCGCUCCUGGUCUCUCUGAGCGUCCUACAUCUGGCAAUACCGUCAAAGUUCCCUCAACACCACGCUCUCCCACCAAGAUAGGAUUUCCAAGUAGCCCGGCCAAGACAAGCCCUACGAAAAAGCUUAAGAUGCAAAGCCCCCAAAAGCUGCGCGAGCGUCUCCAGAUCCAGCAACGUGAUAUAGAGAGCGCGUCUCGAGAUCUGCAGUCCGAGCUUAGUGCGAUCGGCCAUGAACUCACAGCGCGUACGCCACGCCUUACCACGCAAUCUUCAGCACCGCCGAUUCUGCACGAUGCUUCUUCCGCCAGGGCUCUAGAGCGUCGCAUUGCAGCCCUUGAGAUGUCAGUCAAGACCACCCUCGAAACCCUUUCAUCGCGGACGUCGUCAAUCGCCCAAGAUGUCUCCACAUCGCUAGAGGUCUCGGAAAAGCGCGCGAAACAUCUCGAUAAGCUGUACCGCGAUAGCAAUGCAGAAACCGAGGCGCUGUAUGCGAGGUUCAAUGAGGAGUUGGAGAAGGUUGAGCGAAGCGUGCGGAAAGGCAAGGGCGGUGAAGAGGUCGAUCGGCGACUCAAGUCUGCCGAAGAAGAAGCUGCACGGUUGAGGAAAGAGAAUUCGAGGUUGAAGAGGGAGGUUGCGGGGCUGAAGGCGCAGAUCAAGGAGUGA